AUGACCAGAACUCAGAAAUGGACAAAGCGCGAGGCCAAGGCCGAGUCCCGUUUCUUUACACACAAUGGGCCCUACAACCAAGCGCCAAAUGGCGUCAAGAAGGAUGGAUCGGGCAAAGGUAACUGGGGUAAGCCAGGCGACGAGAUUGAAGAUUUGAUAGACGCCGGUGAGAUCCCUCCCGUGUUCCACAAGGAAAGACGCGGAUCGAACUCGCAAUCCCACGAAAACCGCUUCGAGACCGUGCAGCGCACGCAGAAGUGA